AUGUCGAGGAGGGACAGCAGGACCAGCGGGACCAGUAUGAAACCGAGCAAGAGCAUCGUGAACCGCGUUGGAAUCGGUCCUGUUGGCGCCUUGGAGUUGGAUGGCGACUACCAAAAGGUGCUGCAGUCAAAGUGGAAGAACGAUGUGGAGCAAGAGACCUUCUGGAUGGCACGCCGUUUGGAGGAACACCAGAUGCGCCAAUUCUACGACUUCCUCGCGAACCACACGGCGUCGGAGGUGGCCGAGGUUGCGAAGCGGCACGUCGACCACACCCUCCACAACGUCGAGGCGGUGGACGCCGACAUGAGGCGGGGCCUCCCAGCCCCCGCCGCGGCCACGUCCGUCAUCCUGACGAAGCCGCAGACUGCGCGGCUGGUGGCCGUGCUGGAGGCGUACGCCGCCUUGUCCCACCAGGGGCGCGUCUACGAAGACUCGACCCUCAUCUUCAGACCGACCUUCUGCCGCUUUCUGGUGGACAGCAGCCUGGUGGCCUACGAGCGGGAGAGGAAAGGUAGACCUGGAUACCACUACGCGGUGCGGCUGUUCGAUGCUAUGGCGACGCGCCAUCGAGAGGCGCCAGAGAGGCCGCCGGGCGGCAAGGACACCGUCGAGGAGCCGCCCCUGGCCGCUCGGGCCGCUACGUGCAGGCAGUGCGCCAACCUGGUUGGGCAGCUGCUCGGUCAGAUGGAGGUGUCCCCGAACGUCGUGUGGAGCGUCUUUGAGGUGGGGCUCCAGAGGGCCGAGCAGAUCGCCACGGCCCUGCUGGCCGAGAGCCGGCGGAGGGCCGAUGCGGAAGCCAAGAGGCCGCGCUCGGGGGAGCGCGGCAGCUCCCUGCAUAAGAGGCUGUUCGAAGAGCACUGGAGUCCGCCCACGGCCUUCGAGGGCGACCUGGGCGACUGGAACAUGGGCAUCAAGCAUUGGGCCGCGCAGCUCGACCUGGCCGCGGAGCCUGGGGCGUGCGCGGUGCGGGGCGAGGCUUCCAGGGCCUUGGAGUGGCAUCUGCGCAACAUCCUGCUCGAGCCCGACGUAAUACACGUGCUCCUGAGGUUUGACGACGUGUUCAAGCGGCUGUUCACGGCCUACUGCGACGAGGAGCAGGUCGUCAUGUCGCCGCCCGGCGCGCCCCUGGGGGAGCAAGCCCACGUGUUGCAGCACAUGACGUUCUCCGCGUUCCUGCGCUUCUGCAUGGACUUUUCGCUGUUCCCCUCGCUGUGCUCGUUCGAGGAGCUGUGGGGCAUUUACCUGAGGGCAGACGGCCUCCAGCCCUGCAGGGCGAAGGUGAAGGAGAGGAUGCGGCGUGCCUUCAUCAAGGUGAAGACGAUGCGGAACGUGAGGUGCAUGGCUGGGAUGGCGACCAGGGUUAGUUCGCUGAAGGGCACCUCCACAGGAGUCCUCAAAGCCGCUCAAGCCCAGCUCAAGGACGAGCCGAUGGAGCCCGCGGAGACAAUGGGCGGCAGGGCAUCCUUGAAUCCACGGAAACCACCCACAUCGUUGGGUGACGAGAUUUCCCGGGCUGCUACGGCUCCCCCGACAAAGUCUCCUGGGGGCAGCUUCGGAAGGACGUCUGCGAGCUCAAGGAGGAGCGCCGACGCCCCGCCAGUGCUCGUCGCGCAGGAGCAGCCGCCCGCAGUCCCCCGCAGCUCCGGCCGCGCGAGCCGCCUGAGCCCCAGCCCCAGCCCCAGUGGACGCGCCUCGGGCAUCCAGCUGCCUGCCGCGGUGCCACCAGGCAGCCCAGCGAGCGGCAAGGACCACCUUGUCGGGGUCUCCCGCAGCUCCAGCCGCACGAGCCGCGCGAGCCCCAGCCCCAGCCCGUCGAGCGGCAAG